AUGUCUUCUAUGACGAUCUCGUCUGUGUCCUGGUCACUGCUCUUGCUGCUGAGUCUGGUGGCUGUGGCGAUGGCAGGAGUUACAACAGCCCCAGAGAACCCAAGAUGCCCAAAUGUUGAGGACAAGAAUUUCCCACAGACUGUGAGCGUCAAACUUAACAUCAUUAACCGGAACACAAACUCCAGGAGGUCCUUUGAUUACCACAACCGGUCCACCUCCCCUUGGAAUCUCCACCGCAACGAGGAUGCUGAGAGAUAUCCCUCUAUAAUUUGGGAGGCAAACUGCCGCCACUUGGGCUGUAUUGAUGCUAAUGGGAAGGUUAACCACCACAUGAACUCCGUCCCCAUCCAGCAGGAGAUCCUUGUCCUGAGAAGGGAGAAUGGAGGCUGUCCCGGCUCCUUCCAACUGGAGAAGAUGUUGGUGACUGUGGGCUGCACUUGCGUCACCCCCGUCGUCCGACGCAUAGGCUGA